UUGUUGCCCUUUACGUCCAAAACUUGGCCACUCCUUUCUCUAAUAUAACUUCCCCAUUUUGCUUAUCCUUCUUUAAUUCAAACGAUCACCUUACCAUUCUUCGUUACUCUUUGUUUUGGUUCUAAUUCUUUCGCUUGCCAUGUCUUUCAGGGGAUUAUCUCGGCCUAAUGCAACAUCAGGGAUGGGUGUUUCGGAUCAGAGCUUAAAUUCAUUCUUGGAACUGCAGAGAAAGAAGGUUCAUCGCUAUGUGGUGUUUAAAAUUGAUGAGAAGAAGAAGGAGGUUGUGGUAGAGAAGACUGGUGGCCCUGCUGAGAGUUACGAGGAUUUCGCUGCGUCUUUACCGGAGAAUGACUGUCGAUAUGCUGUUUAUGACUUCGAUUUUGUUACUUCAGAGAAUUGUCAAAAGAGCAAAAUCUUUUUCAUUGCAUGGUCGCCUUCAACUUCUAGAAUCCGUGCCAAGAUGCUAUACGCCACAUCUAAAGACAGGUUCAGACGGGAGCUGAAUGGUAUCCACUACGAGAUUCAGGCUACUGACCCUACAGAAAUGGAUCUCGAAGUGAUCCGAGAACGUGCAAAUUAAGCCAUCGCUGUGAUGCAAAAGUUUCUUCCCCAGACAAGAUUCUGCUAUGGCUUUGCAAUUAUCAACUAUGCCUCUGCCAUUAAGCAGCUGCUUGCAGAAUCCUUAUCUUGCAUGUUCCUUGAAUAACUAAACUAGCGAGAGAGAUCGAUGAGAAGAAGCUGUAUUUAGUAUUUGGUGUUGAUCAAAUGAAAAAGAAGUUUGGUAUUUGGUGCUUGUAUCUUUAAUAUGUUACCAUACAAAUUUGCAAUUUAUGCUCUUUUCUUUUCUCUUCUA